AUGUUAUGCUUGGAUAAAGAAGACGAAUUAAAAAUAUGUAAAAGAUACAACAUAGAAAAUGAUAUAAAUUUGAAUAAGGUAAAAAAUAAUGGAAAUGAUAAUUGUUUAAAAGAUAUAAAUAAUUUAAUAGAUAUAGAUGAUGAAAUAAUUUAUAUUAAUACAAGUAUAUGUAAUUCAUUUAUAUAUAUUAUAUCAAAAUAUUGUUUUUAUAUAUUUGAUAAUAAAGAUUUUUCUUUUGUUACAUUAUUUGCUUUAAAAUAUGAUCAUGUGAAUAAUUUUGGAUAUCAUAACAAAGUUUUUUUAUCAAGUAUUGAUAAUACAAUAUAUAUUAUAAGUAAUAAUUAUAAAUAUGUAUAUGCAUAUAAUGUUGAGAAUAAAAAUGGUAUUGUUAUAUUAGACUAUGAUAAAAGAGCUCAUUCCCUUAACAUCAAUGAAAUUUCAGAGGAAGAUACAAGUGAAAGUGAAAAUGAAUAUUAUGAAUAUAUUACAUAUAUCAAAAAAACUUAUAAGAAGAAAAGAAAAUUACAAAAAAAUAUUACCAUAAAACUUAUUACUAUGUUAUAUUUACCUAUAUCAUCCAACUGUUUGAUGAUUACUAAAAAUAAUAUUUUAUUUUUUUCACAAGAAACUGAUAAAAUUUUUAUAUCAGACAGUGUACAAAAUAUAUUGAGUAAAAAUGCACAAAUGAAAAAUAACCCUGAUAAUAAAUUGAAUAAGCUAGUUAUUAAUACAAAAAUUGUUAGCUUGAAAAGCAUAACAUGUAAUACUAAUAUGAAGAAAAGUAAAGUUUAUAAAAAAGAGAACAAAUUAAAUUCAUAUAGGAAUAUAAAUGUUUUUAGUGAAGCUUCAAAAUUUAGAAAAGUAAAAACAAAAUCACACACAGAUAAAAAUAAAUUGUUUUUUAAAAAUAAUUCCAAAGAAAAUUACAUAAAUGAGACUUUAUGUGAUCCAAAUAUAAAUAAUAAAUUUAUAUGUCCUAAAAAUAUUUUUCAGUGUUAUAAUAAAAUAAAAAAUAAGAGAAAAAAAAAUUACAAAAAUGUUAAUGAUUUUAGAAUGAAACAUACUAAUAAGUACAUGAAAAAAACAAAUGACUUUAAUCCUUUAUAUUUAUAUAGUAUUAAUAAAGAAAGUCAUUUAUAUGAUUUCAUUCUUAAUUAUGAAUAUUCUGAUAAUGAAAAAAAAAAGAAAUAUAUAUGUGAUAAUGGUAUAAAUAUUCAAGGUAUUUCAAAAGUAGAAUUCAAUUUACAUAAUGAUUAUUUGUUAAUUUUAAGUGCUAAUGGAGAAUUAUAUAUUUUUUCUUUUUUUUAUAAAUUUUUUAAUUUUAAGAAGAAUAAAUGUUGUUAUUAUUAUGGUAAAAAGGUACACAAUCAAUAUUAUAAUUAUAGACAUUAUGAAAAAAAAAAGAAAAAAAAUAUAUAUAUAUCUGAUGAAAAUGAAUUUUUUACAAAUAUAAAUAAUAAUAAUAAUAAUAAUAAUAAUAAUAAUAAUAUGAACAAUUUUGGAAAUAAUCAUAAUAACCUUUUUUUUUUAAAAAAAAAAAGAAAGGAAAAGAAAAAAAAAAAUGUUAUUGGUUUAUAUGUUGGAUCUUCUAUUAUUGAUAUAUGUUACAAUGUUUUUAGAAAACUCAUAUUAGUUGUAACAGAUAAAUUAAUAAUAAAAGGAUAUAACACAUUUCCUUAUAUAUGUAAACAUACUUUUGAAAAGUCUAUUUUUCAUAUAGAUAUAUUUUUUAAUAAUUGUAUAAAUUUUUAUUCAUAUAAUUAUUUAUUAUGGAAUAAACAGCAAACGUUUUUUCUGGUAUCUCUAAGUAAAAAUAAUUAUUAUAUAUUUAAUACGAAUGGGACAUUAUAUUAUAGUAUGAGUUAUGAUACAAAAUCGAAUGAAGAAAAAAAUGAAGAAGGGAAACAUAUAAAAAAUGGGAACUUGCAAAAUGAUAAUAAUAAUAAUAUAUCCAUUUCAUUUAAUAAAUGUGAAAAUAAAAAAUUAUCUACUAUAUAUGUAGAAAAUAAUAUAAAUGAUAAGGAUAAACCAAAUAGCUUUAAUGAUUUAAUAAUGACCUUUUUAAAACAUGAUAAUAUACAAAGAUAUUAUAUAAAAAUAUCUUUUAUUUUUAAUGAUUUCAAGUUGUGUUAUAACAAAAUCAAAGACACCAACUAUUACUAUUUAAAUGUAAAGAAUAUUCUUUAUUUGAAUGAUACCUAUAGUACUAAUAAAGUUUUUAAUUAUAAUAGUAAUUAUUAUACAAACAGUUUAUGCAAAAAAAUAUAUAUUGGUAUAAAUAAUAUUCAAAUAUUAGAUACCAAUGUUAAUAAUUAUAAUAUAAAUGAUCAUGAAAAAAAUAUCGUAAAAAUAAAACAAAUAGAUACACCUUUUAAAUUUAUUAAGAAAUGUUAUUGUAAUUUUAACAAUACUUAUAUGCUUAUUAUUUAUAAAUCAUUAUGUAUAUAUAAUAUACAAAAGAAAGUUUUUUCAUAUUUUGUUGAUGAUUAUAUGAAAUACUUUUAUCAUAAUUAUCCAACUGGUUGGCUAUAUGACGAUGUCUUUUUUGUUACAUGCUUACAUAACAAAUAUGAUGAACAUAAUUUUAAACAUUUUAAAAAAAAAAAUGAUUAUAAUUUGUUUAAUGGUUCUAAUAUAAACAAUGAAAAAACAGAACAUAAGGAAAGCACAUACUUUCAAUUUUUGAAUAUAAAAUAUGAAGGUGAAGAAAACAUGGCUGAUCAGGUUGAAUAUAUUGAAAAGGAAAAAAUGGAUUAUGAUUAUAUAGAACAUAAUGAUGAAAAUAAAAAUGAGACCAAUAUAUAUAUUACAAAUGAGAAACAAGUUGAUAAUAAUAUAACUAAGAAUGAUCAUGUACAUAUAAACCAAACAAAUGUAAAUAUUAUUGAAAAUACAAAAGGGGAAAAUGAUUCUAUAUAUGAAAGACAAAAUGAUUCUAAUUAUGAUAAAAAUAAUUAUUAUAAUAAAAACUAUAAUGUCGAAUUAAAAAUAAUGAAUUAUCUAUUCAAUUUUAAUCAUAAUGAAACAGAUACCUAUUCAAAAUCUUUUGAAGAAUAUUUCAAUAUUAAUAAGAUUAAUAUAUAUACAAAACCGUUUUCAAUAUUUUACCAUAAUCUAUUUUUAAGAAAAGAUAAUAAUGUGUUUCUAGCUUAUUUUAAUAAAAAAAAAAAAAUUUAUAAUAAAAAGGAAAAGAACAAAACAAAAAUGUUUGAAAAAGAAAAAGAUGAUGGUCAAAAGAAAAGUAUAAAUGAAGAAUGUAUAACAUUUAUAAAUAGAAAAAAUAAUGAAAUCAAUAGUGUCAAUCAAAAAAAUAAUUCAUCUAAUAUUUGUUAUAUAAAUAAUCGUAUUAAUUAUAAUAUUGAGAAGAAUAUAUAUGAUUAUAUUGAAGAUGACUUAUCAAAAAUAUCAUGUCAUAAGGAAAAUGUUAAUAAUAUAUACACAAAGAGAAAGAAAAAAGAAGAUAUGAAAAAUGAAUUUUUAAAAAAAAUGAAUAAUUGUUUUGACACAUAUAAAAAUAAUAUAUGUUUUGUAGAAAAAGAUUUAAAUGAAUCAACAAAAAAUUAUGAAGAUAUUUUGAAUGAAAAUAAUUUUUAUUAUGUAAUAUAUAUAUAUAAUAUAAAUAAUGUUUUAAAAUUUACAAAUUAUAUAUAUUCUAUAAAGUUUUUAUAUAGACCAAUAUUAACACAUGUUUAUUAUAAUAAUAAUAAUAUGAACCAUUUGCAAAAUAAGAAACAAAAUAUUUCUAAUGAGAGAUAUUUAAUAGUUCUGGAUGCAUUUUAUAACUUAUUAUGUUUUAAAAUAACGUAUAAAAAUAAAAAUGUUAUAUCAGAUGAAUCCUUUAGUGUACAAAAUAUAUUCGUUUUGCCUUUAAAUAAAGACAACAAUUUUAUAGAACCUCGAUGUUUUUAUUCUAUAUUUGAUAUAUAUCAUUAUAUAUUUGUAAAUUAUGACAAUUCUGUUUAUUUUUUAAAUAUAUAUAAAGAAAAUAAAGGUACAAAUAAUAAUAAUAUAAAUAAUAUAAAUAAUAAUGGUAACAAUGUUGAUAAUUAUUAUUAUAAUUUUCAAUUUACACCAACUUUUAAUUACCUUAUUGAUAAUCUACAAAUUGUUAAGGACAGUAAAAUUUCUUGUUAUUAUUCCUUGCCUACUCCAAUAAAAUAUAUGUGGCCUUCUCCAUUUUUUUACAUAUACCUAUUCUAUCACUAUUGCAUUUAUGUUAUAUAUCAUAUUAAUACAUUAAAAAACAAAAAUCAGAUUAAGAAAAAAAAAAAAUCAUGCCUUCCCAUUUUUUUAAGUAAGGAAAAUUUAAUGAACAAUGCGUUUUGGGGUAAAUCAAGGAACUUAAAUUUUAUGUCUAUACAAAAAAAUAAAAAAAAUAAAAAGAAUAGCAAUGAAAAUAAUUAUAACACUACUUGUAAUGAAACAUCUUAUGAACCAUAUCAAGAGCAAUCAACUUUUCUUGAUUCGUAUUAUCCAAGCCCAUUUAAGGAGAAUGAAAAAUAUGACAAAUAUGACAAAUAUGACAAAUAUGAUAAAUAUGAUCAAUAUGAUAAAUAUUAUAUGUUUGAAAAUAUUUUAAAAAAUAAACUUAAUGAACAUUCCUUAAAUUAUCAAUCCUUGAUAAAAAUGAAAAGAUUUAUCAGUAUAAACCAUAUCCAAAAUAAUAACUGUAUAACACCCCAAAAUGAUAUUAUUACAUAUAUAGCUAAAUAUUUUUAUUCAUUUUUCGAAUAUAUAUUUAUAAAUGAUAAUAUUAAUAUAAAACAUUUUAAUAAACUUUUAAUAGAACAAAUGAUUAAUAUUGAUAAAGAACAAAUCAAUAACAAUGCAAAUUAUAAUAUUGUUUUAAAAAAAAUGUUCUCUUGGCUAUUUUAUCACAUCAUAAAUAUUGAUGAAAAUGAAAUACGUAAAAUAAAUAAAAGGAUGAACAAAAUAUGUAAAUAUAAUUUUUUCUCUAUUAUUGAAGAAAUAGAAAACCAAAAUGAUGCUUGUUAUAUAUAUUUUACUUCAAGAAGUAAUAUUAAUGUAAUAAGUAUUAGUAAGAGUCAAAAUAAAUUUUUUUUUAUGGAAAAUUUAAAAGAACAUUUUCGUUUCUUACAUAGUAAUUACUUUAAUAGUGAUUUACUCAUAUAUAGACAUAUGAACUUAAAAAAUUACGCAGAUGAAAAGAAUUGUCAUCUAUAUCAUACUUUGCAUAAUAUGGGCGUAUUUGUUCAUACCAUUUGUAAUCAAGUCUAUUCAAUAUGUAAGAAAAAUUUAAAUAACGAAAUAAAAGAGGAAGAUGUAAAUAUAAAUUAUAAUUAUAAGGAGGAUAUAAAUGAAAAUGAACAAGAUAAAAAUGAAAGAGAAAACAAAAAUUAUAAAAAUAUUGAACAACAAAAAAUUGAUGGAAAUCAAAAAAAAAAAAAUAUAGAUGCACAUUAUAAUUAUGAUAUUCAAGAACAUAAUAAUUUUUCAGAAACUUCUUAUGAUAAAAUAAAUUUCAAAAUAACAAAUUAUAUUAAUAUAAUUUUAUUAAAGUUUAUUAAAUUGUAUAGUUCUAUUUAUUCCUAUUCAACAAAAAUGUAUCAGCCUAUUUAUGAUAAUAAAAUACAAAAGAGGAAAAUCCGUUAUAUCAUUAUAAAUAUUAUAUCUAAAUAUAUUAGACAUAAUUUAUUUGUAAUUAAUAUGUUAGAUAUGAUUUUAUAUGAAUCCAUAAAUAGAUUAAGCCAUUUAUAUAUUUGCGCUUACAAAAUUGUAUAUAAUUUUUUAAUAAGUUUAAAUAAAAAUAUGAAUUUUUAUAAUUUAGUUAUAGGGAAUGAUAAUAAAACGAGAAAGCAUGCAAUUAUCGAUAUAACAAUUAUUUUAUUGUAUUCUCUUUUUAUGAGUAAUUCUUAUAAAGAAAGAAAUAAAGAAAAAUUGGAAAAAUUAAUAUGUCAGAAUAUUUUAGAUAUUAAAGAUGAUAGUUAUAGCAAUCCCAUAAAUAAUAAUAAAUUAUAUGAGAAUAUAAGAGAAGAAGAAAAUAUAGAGCAUGUUACAUUACAUAAUAUACACGACAAAAACAAAUCCGGAAUAGAUAAAUUAGUUGUCAAUGAUUUUUUUAAUUAUAUAAAUAAUAAUAAUUCUAAUGAACAUAAAUCUCAUUAUAUUCAUAAUAUAGAUAAAACCAAAAUUGAUUUAUUAAAGAAUAAGAAUGUAAAUGAUGAAGAUAUAUAUCAUAUGAGCUUAUAUUUAUUAUUAUUAAAAGAAUAUGAAACAAAUUCAGAAGAUAGUAAUUUAAUAAAUUCUAUUAACUUUGACAUUACAAGUGAUUAUGUAUUCAAAAUAAAUUGUAAUAUAUAUUAUAUAGCUUUAUAUUUAUUAUGCAUAUUAAAAAAAAAAGAUGUAUUUCAUUUGUAUACCUUAUUAAAAAUAUUAAAAUAUUAUUGUAAAUAUAACAUUUCAGAAGUAGUUAUAAAUACUAUAAGAAAAAUGGAUCCUUAUGUUAGUGCAAUAUUAAUAUAUUGUAUAGGUAAUUAUAUACCACAUGAUUUUAUGAAAUUGUGUUUAAAAAAUGAACGUUUUAAUAUAUCCUCUUUAUAUAUGAUAAAUAUACAAAAUUAUAUAGGUAUUUAUGAUAUUAGGAAAUAUUAUUGUAUAUAUUUUUUAUAUUUAAGUUUGAAAUAUAAUAUAAAAUCAUCUCAAAGUUUAUUACAUUAUUUAUCAAUUUUAUUUUAUUCUUUAUUCAAGAAUAAUAAAAAUGGUUUUUUUCAUUGGAAUUAUUAUGAUUUAAAUUUCGACACUUCAAUAAAUGAAUUAAUACCCAACAGUUUAAACAAUUCAGAUAAUUAUUUUUAUCUUAUUAUAUGUGCUAAUAAUAUAAAUAAUAUGUUAUCAAAACGAAUUAUAGACAUAGAUAAUUUAAAAGAAUUUUUUCAAAACAUUAAUACAAAUGGAAUAAUAAAAAGAACUGAGCUAAAUAAUAGUGUUGUUAAGAUAGAAAGGAAUCAUAAUAAUAACACUAACGAUUAUAUAUUUGAAUUAACUGAUAUAGAAGAAAAUAAUGUAUAUAAAAAAAAUGAAUUACAAGUAAAUAAUAAUGAUAUAUAUAAUAUAAAUAUAAAUUUGAAAAGUUUUAAUUACAAAAAUUUUACAAUGAACAAAAUAAUGUAUGAAUUUUUAUAUAACAAAGAUAUUAUUACAAUAUUAAAAAAAAAUAUUCAUACGUUUAAUGAAUUCUAUACGUGUAACCUCUCUGUAUUUUGUAAAAACCAUUUGGAAAAAAACCAAUUAGAUGAUAAAGAAAAAAAUAAAAAUGAUGAGAAUAUAGAUGAUGCUAAUCUAGACUAUGAAGAAAUAAAAAUUAUAUAUAUGAAAUUUAUUAUAUUAAUCCAAAAUAUUAUACGUUAUUAUAUAUAUAAUAUGUUAUGGUUUGAAUUGUAUUAUUUUAUUACCAAUUUAAAAAUGGAUGUCUUAUCUUUUUUCUCACAGUCAUAUAUAUUUAAGUCCAAUUUAUUUCCAAAUAUAUUUUGGGGAAUAUGUCCUAUUGAUGUUUUUCAAGAACAAACAAAUGAAGGGCACUUUUAUUUUGUUAAUACUGAAUUGGGGAGUAGUAAAUUGGAACAUGUAUAUAAAAAUGAUAAAGAAAAUAAAGAAUCGUGCGAUUACCAUAAAAGUGGUAUAAAAAAUACAGACUAUAAUAACUACCACAAGAAUGAGGAAAACCAAGUCAAUAAUAGAAGUAACAAUAAAAAUAAUAAUGAAAAAGAAGAAGAAAAAAAAAAGAAUUUAUCGUACAAAAAAUGUGAAUACCAUGGGUUUGAUAAUAAUUCGAAACAAAAUAUAGACAAAGACACAAAUAAAUAUAAUCAAUAUAAUGAAUAUAAUCAAUAUAAUCAAUAUAUAAAUAAUAUAUUAUACUUAAAAAGUACUUUUCAAAAUAAAGAAAAGGAGGCUGAACAAAACAAUACAGAAGAUAUAAUUUUUCCAAAUGUAUUUUUUAUUGAUAUUUAUAAAUCUUUUAAAAAACACUUUAACAUAUUAUAUACCAAAAAAAAAAAAAAAAAAAAAAAUCAAAAAAAUAAAAGUAUAAAUAAAAAUAAGAUCCAAAUGAAUAUAGAAAUGAAAGACAAUAAUACAGAAGAUGUAAUAAAACAAAAUGAGAAUAUAGAAAAAUUAAAUGAAAAAUAUAGAAAUAAUAUCCUUUCAUAUAAUAUAUAUAAUAAUCAUACAAAUUAUUUAUUUCUAGAAACACAUUUUGCACCUUCUGUUUAUAAAUACAUACCUAUAUAUAAUACUAUAAAAUAUUUAAACUAUAUAUUUAAUGUUUGUAAUAUAAAUAAUUUUAAGUAUUCUAUGCAAAGAGAGUAUAUACAAAAUCAAAUUAAUGUUAGAAUAUAUAAUUAUAUCUGUAAUAAUAUUAUAGAUAUUACCCAUAAAUAUAAAGGAGAAAAUUCUAAUAAAAAGAAGGAAAAGAAUAAAAAUAAGAAAACCGAAUUUUCUUCCAUUCUUAAAUCAUUCAAUACACAUAAAAAUGAUAUGUUAUGGUUUUUAUUAAGAAUUUUUCUUUUAUUAAAAUUACCUAUACAUUGUUUAGCUUUAAUAUUAUAUUGUAAAAAUUAUAUAUUACUUAAUAUAUUAUUUAAUUGGUUUCCAUAUUUAUAUCACAUAUUUAAUUAUAUAUUAAAUAUGAACAGUACACAUUUUUUAUACAAAAGAAUGGAAAAUGAUAAAAGCAAAAAUAUGGAUAUUAAUAUAAAUGGAGAAGAACAAAAGGAUAAGAAAAAAAAUAAUUUUAUUAUUAUCAAUAAUGAAUUUAAUAAACAUUUUUGUCAAUAUUGUUAUGAUAAAAUUUUACAUUAUAAUAAAAAUAAUAUUACUCCUUUUACAUAUCAUAUGAUAGAGAAGGUAUAUAAAAAAAAAUUGUCUACAAUUGAAAAAAAAAAUUAUUCUAAUUUAUAUGAUCAUUAUAUAUCUUGUAAUUGUUUAGAUAAUUUAAUAUUUCUAAAGAAAAAAUUAUCAUCUUUGAGAAAAAGUAUAUAA